AUGGAUACAACAAAUUCAAGCGAAUGGGCAGAGCUUAUCAAUAAUAUCAGUUUAAAAAAAGCUAAUAAAGAGCUUGAUCGUCGAACAAAGCAAGUGUUUGACGGGUUACGUCGUUUAGCUUCAGUUCGCAUGGUCGAUGAAAACCUGCUAUCAAGCAUAGAGGACCAAUAUGAUGUGUGGGCACCUGCCCGUGAUCAGUAUCUCCGAUCUGUUCAACAUCUCACUGCUUUUGAAGGAAAUACUAGACUUGUAAAAUGUCUGGUGUUAACAGGGGCUGAAAUCAACCUUCAGGACGGAAUAGGACAAACACCGCUCACUCUAGCACUUCACAAGUCGCACAACGCUGCAGCACAAUUUCUCAUUGAAAUUGGAUCGGUAUUGCAAUAUUUUGAAAACACCGUUUGUCCACUUGAUAUUGCGAAGACGAAAGACAACGUAACAAUGACAAAACUCAUUGAAAGAAAGUUAUCUGAAGAAGAAAGUAUCAAGAAACACGUUUCGUCAUGUUUUUGCAGACUAGUAGGUGACCCAAACCAAACGAUGGAAGUAGACUCCAUUGUCAUCGAACAGGAUAAUGCAUUUUCACGGGUCCUAAAUAUUAACCUUGGAGAUCAAAAGAACACUGUUACUAUACAAGGCUGUUCCAAUUCUUGUCAGUAA